AUCACCAAUGGCCGAGGCAGACGUCAAGCCCGACGUGCAGCAGAAGAAGCGCAAGCGCACAGGGAAGGAGCGCGAGGAGCGCAAGCGCGCCGCUAUUCAAGCCAAGCUUGAGGCCGAGGCCGCCGCAGCUGAGAAGGAUGAGUCCGAGCAGGUCCCCGAAGCCCCCGAGCCUGAGGGGGGCGUGACGGAAAAGAAUGGCGAUGAGAGGGAAAUGGACGCGACUCCGGCAGUGGACUUUGACAAGAUCGCCCAGCGCAUUCCCGCGGGCCUGAAGAAGCUUCACCCCGAGUUCAAGCAGGCCAGGAAGGCCGAGACGAUGCGUCUGAUCAAGAAGAUUCGCUUCCUCAAGUCCAAGUCGGAGGAUGUGUCCGAACUCGAGGCGCAGCUCAACCUCCUGUCCGCCGUACAGCUCCGCGCUCUGGCGACGUCGCAUUUCCGCCAGAAGCUCAAGAAGCAUCACACGCUGAAGCACGCCGAUCUUCCCGCCUCCAUUGUGACCGCGCUUCCCGUGAACCCCAGCGUGCCAUCCUCGUCGUCUAGUGCGACGCCGGACGUGAUUGCCAAAGUCGAGAACAGGCUGUGCUCGUCAAAGAAGGUGGUGGACGCGAUCAAGCCCGUCUUGGCUUGGGUGAUGUGCGAGCCGGGAGCCACGCUCAAAAUCACCUCGGCCAAGAACGUCAAGACAAAUGUCAAGCGCGCCAUGCCGGAGUCCGAGGACGAGAGCGAGGACGAGGACGAGAGCUUCGCCGUCGGACCAGUAGAGGGGCUGGAUAGCGACGACGAAGCGGUGAUGGAGGCGCGGGCUGCGGACGCGGCAGGAUGGGAGUCAGGGUCGGUGGGCGAUGAGAGCGGGGACGAUUCGAACUCAGACUCGGACUCGGACUCGGACUCGGACUCGGACAACUCCGGGGCUGGCCGCAUUGCCCCGCCAUCAGACUCCGAGUCGGAGCCAGAAGCGCCGCCGAGGAAGAAGGUUAAGGCGCCCGAGCCCAAACCGUCGUUGAAGAAGGGGAAGGAUACGAAGGACGGGACGUCGUCCAUGUUCCUCCCCUCGCUCGCGGCGGGUUUUACGGUCGGCGACGGCGACUCGGACCCCGACAUGGACUACGACGAAGACGGGAUUAUCGGGAGCAAGCAGGCGGUGCGCAAGAACCGGCGUGGGCAGCGUGCGCGCCAAGCGAUCUGGGAGAAGAAGUACGGCAAGAACGCAAAGCAUGUGGUCAAGGCGCGCGAGGAGGAGGAGAAGAAGGUGCGCGGGCCGCAGGGCCAACGGCGCGACCAAGGAUGGGGGCAGCGGCGCGAGGCCGCGUCUGCACCCGCACCCGCCCCCGCGCCUGCGCCGGCGAAGCCGGCAGCGCCAGGGCCGCGGGGAGAGGCGUCCAAGCCGGCCAAGGAGGGCCUGCACCCGUCCUGGGAGGCUGCGAAGAUGCGGAAGCAGCGUGCGAUUGCCAAAGACGCGCCGAAGCCUACGAAGAUUGUGUUCGAUUAGCCGUCAGAUUCCAUGCAUCUGUGUCCCA